CGCCGGGGCCGGGGCCGACACCGAGGGCCGGGAGGGGCCGCCCCGCUUCCUGGGCCGCCGGCCCGGCGCUAUAAACGGGGCCGAAGCGGCUCCUCUCCGGGUCUCUUACCGACGAUGCGGAGCCGGGCCCGGCCCCCGCGCCCGCCCCGCGGCCUCUGAUUCGCCCCCGCCGGGACGCGCCGAGCCGCGGCGGCUGCAGCCGGGCGGGCAUGGCAGCGAGAGCGGCGGCGGCGCUGGCCGUGGCCGUGGUGCUGGCGGCCUGGUGCGGCCGGAGCUGCGGGGAGAUAUGCAAAAGCAUGGACAUUCGCAACAACCUGACCCGGCUGAACAUGCUGGAGAAUUGCACUGUGAUCGAGGGCCACUUGCAAAUAUUGCUGAUGUUUAAAACCAAGCCAGAAGAUUUCCGCGAGCUCAGCUUUCCUAAACUGACAAUGAUUACAGACUAUUUGCUUCUUUUUCGUGUGUAUGGCCUGGAGAGUUUAAAAGGCCUUUUCCCUAACCUCACUGUGAUUCGAGGAACUCAUCUGUUUUUUAACUAUGCCCUGGUCAUUUUUGAGAUGGUUCAUCUGAAGGAGAUCGGGCUCUAUAACCUGAUGAACAUCACUCGAGGCGCCGUGAGGAUCGAGAAGAACAAUGAAUUGUGUUACUUGUCGACCAUUGACUGGUCAAGGAUUUUGGAUUCUGUAGAAGAUAACUACAUUGUGGCCAACAAGGAUGACAAAGAAGAGUGUGGAGAUGUGUGUCCAGGAACGGUGAAAGGGAAGAGCAACUGUCCUCCUACUGUGAUAAAUGGCAUCUUCAUUGAACGCUGCUGGACCCACGAUCGCUGCCAGAGAGUUUGUCCACCUGCCUGCAAGUCCCAAGGCUGCACCUCUGAUGGUCAGUGCUGCCACAGCGAGUGUCUUGGGGACUGCACAGAGCCCAACAACCCUGACAAGUGCGUCGCCUGCCGCAACUUCUACCUGGAAGGCAGAUGCGUGGACACCUGCCCACCUGGUUACUAUCGCUUUGAGGGCUGGCGUUGUGUCACCUUCAGCUUCUGCCAGGAACUGCACAACAAGUGCAAAAAUGCCAGGGAGUCGGGCUGCCACGUUAUCCACAACAAUGAAUGUGUUCACGAGUGCCCCUCAGGGUACAUUAUGAAUUCCAGCAACCUGCACUGCACACCCUGCGCCGGGCCCUGCCCCAAGGUCUGUGACUACAGGAAGGAGAAGACCAUCGAUUCGGUGACAUCGGCGCAGGAGCUCCGGGGCUGCACCAUUGUGAAUGGCAGCUUAGUUAUAAAUAUCCGUGGAGGAAACAACAUAGCAGCUGAGCUAGAAGCAAAUCUUGGCUUGAUAGAAGAAAUCUCAGGUUACCUAAAAAUCCGCCGCUCUUAUGCCUUGGUUUCUCUGUCCUUCUUUCGUAAACUGCAUCUGAUCAGAGGAGAAACACUAGAAGCUGGGAAUUACUCAUUUUAUGCCUUGGACAACCAGAAUCUUCGUCAGCUCUGGGACUGGAGUAAACACAACCUGACAAUUGCAAGAGGCAAACUCUUUUUCCAUUAUAAUCCCAAACUGUGUUUGUCUGAGAUCCACAAGAUGGAGGAGAUCUCUGGGACAAAGGGGCGUCAGGAGAGGAAUGACAUUGCUCUCAAGACCAACGGGGAUCAAGCCUCAUGUGAAAAUGAAUUGCUGAAAUUUUCUUCCAUUAGAACAUCUCAUGACAAGAUCCUGCUGAAGUGGGAGCCCUACUGGCCUCCUGAUUUCCGGGACCUCCUGGGGUUUAUGCUUUUUUACAAGGAAGCUCCAUAUCAAAAUGUGACGGAGUUUGAUGGCCAAGACGCCUGUGGGUCAAACAGCUGGACAGUUGUGGAUGUUGACCCACCUCCACGGUCAAAUGAGCCCAAAGCCCAGGCCCAGCCAGGCUGGCUUCUGAGGGGCUUGAAGCCAUGGACACAAUACGCUGUGUUUGUUAAAACUCUGGUCACCUUCUCAGAUGAACGUAGAACAUACGGUGCGAAGAGCGAGAUCAUCUACGUCCAGACCAAUGCCACUGUUCCCUCAGUCCCGUUAGACCCGAUAUCAGUUUCCAACUCAUCAUCCCAGAUCAUUCUGAAGUGGAAGCCGCCCUCGGAGCCCAACGGGAACAUCACCCACUACCUGGUGUUCUGGCAGCAGCAGGCAGAGGACAGUGAGCUUUAUGAGCUUGAUUACUGCUUGAAAGGAUUAAAACUGCCCUCAAGGACCUGGUCUCCUCCUUUUGAAUCCGAAGACCCUCAGAAGUAUAAUCAAAGUGAAAACGAGGAGGUCAGUGGAGAAUGUUGUUCCUGCCCUAAAACAGACUCCCAGAUACAAAAGGAGCUGGAGGAGUCAGCUUUCCGCAAGACCUUUGAGAACUAUCUCCACAAUGAGGUGUUUGUCCCCAGGCCAUCAAGAAAAAGAAGAGACCUGGGCUCUGUGGCCAAUGCCACGGUGGUGAUACCCACCAUCCCCUCCUCUGCCAACAAUUCAGCCUCCGAGAACACAGAGGAGCAGAAACCUUUUGAAAAAGUGAAGUCAAAGGAGUCUCUGGUCAUCUCGGGCCUGCGGCAUUUCACCGGGUACCGCAUCGAGCUCCACGCGUGCAACCACGAUGCCCAGGAGUCCAGAUGCAGUGUUGCAGCUUAUGUCAGUGCCAGGACCAUGCCAGAAGCUAAGGCUGAUGACAUCGUUGGGCCAGUCACCCACGAGCUGAUUGAAAAAAACACCGUCCAUUUGAAGUGGCAGGAGCCAAAGGAGCCCAAUGGUCUCAUUGUGCUCUAUGAAGUGAAUUAUGGACGUCUUGGGGAGACAGAGGAAGCUCACUACUGUGUGUCCAGGAAGCAUUUUGCCAACGAGCAGGGCUGCAGACUCCGGGGAUUGCAGCCUGGGAACUACAGCGUCCGUAUCCGAGCUACCUCCCUGGCUGGAAAUGGCUCGUGGACAGAACCCACCUAUUUUUAUGUGGCUGAUUAUUUGAAUGCUCAGCCUAAUAUUGCUGUCAUCAUUGUUCCGAUUAUUUUUGCCAUAAUAAUUGCUGGAAUUAUUGGAGCUGCUUAUGUGCUUGUGAAAAAGAGACAAACCGAAGGACCAACUGGACCCCUCUACGCCUCCUCUAACCCUGAGUAUCUCAGCGCCAGUGAUGUCUAUGUCCCCGACGAGUGGGAGGUGCCACGGGACAAGAUCACUCUGCUCCGAGAGCUGGGCCAGGGCUCCUUUGGGAUGGUGUAUGAGGGGAUUGCCAAGGACAUCGUGAAGGGGGAGCCCGAGACCCGCGUGGCCGUGAAGACCGUCAACGAGUCGGCCAGUCUGCGCGAGCGCAUCGAGUUCCUCAACGAAGCCUCCGUGAUGAAGGGCUUCAGCUGCCAUCACGUGGUUCGCCUCCUCGGGGUGGUCUCCAAAGGGCAACCCACCCUGGUGGUCAUGGAGUUAAUGGCACACGGGGAUUUGAAAAGCUACCUACGCUCCUUGAGACCUGAUGCUGAGAACAACCCUGGUCGUCCACCCCCAACGCUGAGGGAGAUGAUCCAGAUGGCUGCGGAGAUCGCUGACGGCAUGGCCUACCUCAAUGCCAAGAAGUUUGUCCACAGGGAUCUUGCAGCUCGGAACUGCAUGGUGGCAGAAGACUUCACUGUGAAGAUUGGAGACUUUGGCAUGACCAGGGACAUCUACGAGACGGAUUAUUACCGGAAGGGGGGCAAGGGGCUGCUGCCCGUGCGCUGGAUGGCACCCGAGUCCCUGAAGGAUGGGGUCUUCACUGCUUACUCUGAUGUCUGGUCAUUUGGUGUUGUCCUCUGGGAAAUAAGCAGUUUAGCAGAGCAGCCCUACCAGGGACUCUCCAAUGAACAGGUGCUAAAGUUUGUCAUGGAUGGAGGAUACCUGGAUCAGCCAGACAACUGCCCGGAGAGGCUGCACAGCCUGAUGCAGAUGUGCUGGCAGUACAACCCCAAGAUGCGUCCCACCUUCAUCGAGAUCAUCGAGAUGCUGAAGGAGGACCUGCACCCCAGCUUCCACGAGGUCUCCUUCUUCUACAGUGAGGAGAACAAACCUCUGGAGACCGAGGAGUACGAGAUGGACUUUGAGAACAUGGAGAGCAUUCCCCUCGACCCCUCCUCAUACUCACAGAGGGACAAAGUCCUGGGGAGGGACAAUGGCCCCUCCAUGGCCCUGAAGGGGAACUAUGAGGAGCACAUACCUUACACACACAUGAACGGUGGCAAGAAAAACGGGCGGAUUCUCUCCAUGCCCAGGUCAAGUCCUUCCUAACGUUUCCUGUUUGGCCCAAGGGUUGUGUCUUGCUUUUUGUGCCCCCUCCACAAAUCUCAGGACUCUCGUUAUUGCUGCCACAGUGUAUGACACACAUCGACAGACUCUGCAGAUUUUUAAUCAUCUUAUGAUUAAUACUUCUUUUUUUUUUUUUUUUUUUGGUGUUUGUUUUUUUGCCAAGUUGACUGGUUGUCAGUGGACUUAUCUGUGAACAUACAUGGAAGAGGUUUCCAUGGCUGCUGUCCCUUCUGUAACCAUGGUUUCAAAACAGGAAGCGACCGUUCUAAGUCCAACCCAAGGAGGAACAUCCACGUUUGCCAACAAGGAGACAUGAAAUUUGCUGGGAUCUGAGCUCCAGCUGGAAGGGUGCGGAACUAAACUUCUGCAGGACAAAAAAAGCAUUUCCAGUGGGAUUCCGGGUUUCCAGGCACCCUCUUCACCACAGCUGAAGGAUUCAACACAUGGGUCGGACGCGCCAGAUCCUCAGAUUGACCAAUAGCUGCUGCUUUCAGACUUAAAAAAAUGGGUUAAAAUACCCAGGGGUGUGUGUGGGGGGGUGUGUGUGUCUCUCUCUCCGUGGGGUGUAAAUGUAGAGCAAAAUACACACUUUUUGUACAUAAGUUUUGUAUGUUCUCACAGAAGCUUUUCCUCUUCUCAGAAGCGUGUACUUAUCUUUGUUUGGUUUCCCCCCCCCGUUUCCUUGGAGUGAUUGAAUCCUAAACAGAUUAUUUUUAUACUAAGGACUCUUGGGAGUAGGUUUUCACUCAUUAACAAAUGAGAAAAAUGUGCUGGGAGCCAAAGGAGCAGAAAUCUGAGAUUUGUGGGUACUUUCAAGACCAAACAAAGCUUGAGUCCCCUGACCUGAGAGAGGGAGUUUUCUCUCCUUACAGCAUUAAGUAUAUAUAUUGUUUGUUGUAACAUAUUUUAAAAUGUCUUUAGUUGAAGUUUUACCUUCAUAUAAAUUAUUGACUGUGGAUGAUCCUUUCGGGGAGGGGAGAAUGUGGGGGAUUGUUUGGUCUUAAAGUGGUCCAAAGAUUUCAGAAGGAACUGAUUUCAGCUGUGAGCCUGAAGCACACGUGAAGCUGAUGCUUGAUGAGGCUUUGGAAUAUGGUUGACAUGAUGCAGUCGGCUGGCUCCAGUCAAAGCCCCUCUGAGACAAAGUAGCUGGGACUUCUCUUGCUUGUUGGGGGCUGAAGGACACCAGAACAUCCCAGUCCCAAGUCCUGCUCCUCUUCUGUCCCCGUGUCCCUUUGCUUUGCCUCCUGCGCCGCCGAAGCAGCUGGAAAAUGCGGACGAGCAAGAACUCGACCUGCAAAAGAGACACUGAAGCCAAUGGAAAGGGGGGAAGCACGAGGCUCUUGGCUCUGCAGGUGAAGCAGAAGCUGGAUGUGACUGUGGUCAGCUGCCCCCUGCUGCUGCUGCUGCUGCUCAGGCAUCUGGCCUCCCAUGUUUUCCUGGGAUUCCCCCAUCCUGCCACGUCCCAGGGCCUUGGCCCCUGCUCUCAGCUCCUCGGGAUGUCAACUUGCAUCUUCUGGACUCUGCUUGGGUUUUUGCUGCUGUUUGCCUGAAAGACAGAGCUGAUCAGCAUCAGAUGUUAGGAAAGAAUUGUGAAACCAAACGUAUCUCGGUAGUGCCCAGGGAGUGAGCUGCUGGCAGGGAGAGGUGCUGCAGCAGGGGGUGAAGAUGGUGGAUGGUGCCCAUGUCAUGCAAGAGGUGGCUUUAAACUGGGAGAGAGAUGCUCCAUCCUCUGCUUCUUCUCCUGGGGAAGUUUCUGCUCUCUGCCAGGAGCAAGCAAGCUUCUCCUGACGUGGUGAGAGUGGGAACACUGAGCUGGUGGGUGGCUUUUUAUUCCAGCCCAGGCGGUGCCACCGAUUUCUCCCUGUCAGAAAAGUCAGGGGCUGGAGUUGGUUGGGAAUGGCCUCUCCCAGCCCAGCCACGUGGACUCCGGGCACCACCACGAGCUGCUGGGCCUUAUUGUUGGUUGCAUCUGGUCGGUUUGGACAAAGGUGGAGGGUGCAGGUUGCUCAGAAGGUUGGGUGGAAAACAGACAGUCCAGACAUGGGUAAGAACCUGCGAUUUCAAAAGGCCUCGUUUACAUUUCCUCUGCUUUACAAAGUAGUAACUGUUCAGCAGCUCUGGACUACACUGCAAGAAAGAAGACAUAUUCUCACACUUUUCUAAGGAAGAGAAGUUUUUCUUAUGAGAAUUUUUUAUUUAUUUUAAUAUAUAAAACACUGUAAAAAAGAAAAAAAGCGACAAACCAAUUUGUUUUCUUAACCACAGAGAACAUGUAAAUUUGUAUCCGUAAAAAUCUUGGCAGGUGGAUGUGGUGGGGUUAUUUUUGUCCUGUUCUGGUGCAGUCUACCUCAGUGUUUCCUAAGGAUAUUUUUACUACUACACACCUCUAAACCUGUUGAAAUAUUCUGGUCUGGACCUACUGUGGAUCAGGGAAAAAUCAAUAUCGGCUGAUUCCAAUACUUGGGACCAUUCAGUGAAGGGAAGGGGGUGGGAGAACAGCUCGUCACUCUUUGUUGCUCCUCUGAGCAGUAGUGACCAAAGGAACUGACACAUGAGGAUCUGAUAUUCUGACAUCAUCCUCUUGUUAAAAAAGAAAUUAACAAAAGAGCCAUUUAAUUGUUUGGACUUGAGUGAAGUAACGACUGGAAAGGAGCAAGAGCUGCUGGUCCCAAAACCAACCUGGUUUGGAUGACCUGGAACUUGCAGCGCUCCUGACUGGGAAGAGCAGAUCUUUUGAUCUACCCAAACACUGGAACCUUGUAUUGGGUCUGGCUUUGAAAUUCCAUCGAUAUUGGUUGGCCCUCUGAGGACACAGGAUUUGCAGCUGAACAAGGGAAUGCAGGAUGGUUUGUUGUGGACAGACAGUCCAUCCACACGGCUCGUGGCGUCCCCUUCGCUCUGCACCGAACGGAGCAGUUGGUUAUCCCCAGUGUUGUGUGUCAGGAUGAUUCCAGUCAUCCUUCCUACCUUGUGCCAAGGGGUGAGGAAAGGCUUAUGGUACUAGUGGUGAGGAGAUCACUUUCCCCCUUUUUAAAAACAAAAAAAAAAACACCAGUGGUUGCCACUCGUGGCUGUUAAAGAUGCCACUCAAUUAGCUACAGAAUUAGGAAGAAUAAAUGAACAUCAUUUGUAAAGCCCAGCUCUCACCUCUGGAAAAUCCUUCACCCCCAGCUGGCACUUUGGUCUCUAUUGUUGGAAGAUCCUAAAUAUCCCUCUCUUGGAUCUUGCUGAUCCCUGGUCAGAGGCACCAGGUUUGUGGAUGAGUUGAGAUUGCAUAUGCUGGAUGAAACCUCUACACAAAGGGCUGCUGCCUGGGCAGGGGUGCUGGGCCUUCCUCAGGGGAGCUGCUGCUCCAUCAAGAUUCCUUUGGGAUGAGAACACCACACCUGGGGGGGAAGCAUGGGCACUCUCUGCUGCUGCUGAGGAGGAGCCAAGGGAUAGUGCAGGAGAGCUGGUGGGAUGGCUGGAGGACAACCAGGGAGGGGAAGCUCCUUCCUUUUCUUGAGGCAGCAUCUGGAGGGUUGGAUCUGCUCUUUGCGGGCAGAGAACUUCCCCUGGGCAGCAGAACAUACCCUGCACCCUGUCCAGGAGCAGCUGUAGCCUCCUGUGUGUGGUCUGGGGACAGGGAAGGAACCAACAAGCAGCCAGAACUUCCCUGUCCCUGAAGCUGGUGAAGCAGGAGGUGUCACAAGCAGCUUUCCCCUCUGCUGCCUCUCACUGGGCUGGAGAGGUUCCUCAGACCCGUUUGCAUGUUAAAUUCAGUCACCACUUCCUGAACAGCUCUUGCAAGUCUUACUUCCCUACAGAGCAGGGCAGCAGUGCAGAGCUUGGCUGCUGGGGUAGGAACGUGUCCUUCUUGGCUGCUUGUAAAUACUCUGUUGUGUUGUAAAAUAGAAGAGCUAAUAACAUGAACUCUGUGCCAGCUCUGGCCUGGGAGAGGUGAUAGGAACUAGACCAGGCUGCAAGGAGGAUGUUUUUGGUUGCUCCUAAAGCAGCUGUGUUGGAAGAAGCUGCUCUUAGGUUGCUAAAGGGUACUCUCUUAAUUCAUGGGUAGUGGAUCUUUCCUCCUAAAUAUGUAUUAUAGCCAUGGGACACUUUGCUUCAUGUUAGUUUGUUGCAUAUAAUGUUGGUAACUCUUCUGGAAAAACCUUUGCUGUGUUAUUGACCUAACUAUGAUGAAGGCAAAUAGGAAAAGAGAGGAGAGGUGGGGGCUGUGUCUGUUGUUCUUGAACCUCUGUUGGAGGGGAGGGAGAGGGGCAGUUAGUUCCCUCUUACUGUCACUGUGAUAUGAAGACAGACCCUGGGGCACUUGGGGCAGUGAUUCCUGAUCCCAUGACUGGAACCUUGUUUGACAAGUCAGAAGAUAAAAUAUCUUUGUGCCAUAAACCCCUUCCUCCCAGGGCUGUGCUGGGUGCUCCUGUGAUCCAUGUGAGAUCAGUUCUGAGCCUGGAGGGAGCAAGAAACUGCAGAUAAACCCUCUGCUCCUGUGUCCCAACCUCCCUCUGAGCUGUGGGGGGCUCGUUGGCACAGCAGGACCUGGGUCCCCUCCUGGGUGCCCGGGCCAGGGAAAGGAGCUGUGGGAUGGAUUGAAACCAAGAAGUAGUUAGUUGAGAAAAUACAUGAAAUUCAGAAGAAGAUUAGUUUGGUAUUUGUAUGAACUUAAUUGAAUUUGGCCUUUUUAUUUACCUUCUGCUUGGCUCUGUGUUAACUCUGCUUGGAUUCUGUUGUGGAUGUUGGUGUAAGAACAUGAGUGAACACGUUCAACCUGUUCUGUCCUGGCUUGUCACGAGCACCACGAGAGGGAAGCCAGUCCUACAGGUGACUUUGGGAGGAACCUGACUGUUCCAAAGCAAUUCUAAAGCUACCAGUUGCAUCCAAUCUGCUGUCAUUAAAUGUGUCUUUUCUUAUUUUACAAUGAAAUUGCUUGUCCUUCUCCAAAGUAAGCACUUCUUGCAGUUUCAGCCACCUGACUGCAGCACAAUGCAAGCUCGAAGGGGACGGGUAGAGAAAUGACUUUUUAAAUAUUGUACAAUAAAGUUAGUAUUAACUCCUA